AAGCGGCCUCCCUCCACCCAUUUCUUCUCGCAGACCAGCCUUCCGGCGAUUGCGGCCGCUUCUGUAUGCCCGCCAUAGGGGUUCUUCCUAUCGCGGCCCUUCGAUCUCAGAAUCCGAAAUCGUUAGAUUCGUCCCGUUUAGUUUGGUAGACAAAACCUAAUUCUGGUCUCUGUUGGUUCUUCCUUCAAGUUCUUAGGGUUUCGAAGCAAGGUUCGACGGCCUCGGGUUUGCAUCCGUGCCUGGAAUUCCAAGAGGUUUCAGCUACUGUCACGCCUGCUUCUUAGGAAGAAGCUGGCAUCAAAACACUUCUUCUGGUGAAAAUGGCGACCUUUGCUAAGCCAGAGAACGCCUUGAAGCGUGCUGAGGAAUUGAUUAACGUUGGACAGAAGCAAGCUGCCUUGCAAGCACUACAUGAUCUCAUCACUUCAAAAAGGUACAGGGCAUGGCAGAAGUCACUUGAAAGAAUCAUGUUUAAGUAUGUAGAGCUCUGUGUGGACAUGAGGAGAGGCAGAUUUGCAAAGGAUGGACUUAUCCAGUACCGCAUCAUAUGCCAACAAGUGAAUGUUAGCUCUUUGGAAGAGGUGAUAAAGCAUUUCAUGCAGCUUUCCACAGAGAAGGCUGAGCAAGCUAGGAGUCAAGCACAAGCCUUGGAGGAUGCACUGGAUGUGGAGGAUCUAGAGGCUGACAAGAGACCUGAGGACUUAAUGCUUAGCUAUGUCAGUGGGGAGAAAGGAAAAGAUAGAUCAGACAGGGAGCUUGUGACUCCAUGGUUCAAAUUCUUGUGGGAAACCUACAGGUCGGUGCUUGAGAUUCUGCGAAACAAUUCCAAGUUGGAAGCACUAUAUGCAAUGACAGCGCAUCGGGCCUUCCAAUUUUGCAAACAAUAUAAGAGGACCACAGAAUUCCGUAGACUCUGCGAGAUUAUACGAAACCAUCUCACUAAUUUAAACAAGUACAAGGACCAAAGAGAUAGGCCUGAUCUGACUGCUCCAGAGAGUUUGCAGCUUUACUUAGAUACUCGAAUGGAGCAGCUCAAGAUAGCAACUGAUCUGGAACUAUGGCAGGAAGCAUUCCGUUCAGUGGAGGAUAUCCAUGGUUUAAUGAGUUUGGUGAAGAAGAGUCCCAAGACACAGUUGAUGGUGGUAUACUAUGCAAAGUUAACAGACAUAUUUUGGGUUUCAGAUAGCCAUCUUUACCAUGCAUAUGCAUGGUUCAGACUUUUCACCUUGCAGAAGAGCUACAAUAAGAACUUAUCACAGAAAGAUUUGCAACUGAUAGCAUCAUCUGUUUUAUUAGCUGCGCUUUCAGUCACUCCAUAUGACCAAAAACAUGGUGCAUCACAUUUGGAGCUUGAAAAUGACAAAGAGCGGAACUUACGAAUGGCUAGUCUUAUUAAUUUUACCCUUGAUCAUAAAGGAGAGAGUAGAGAAACGCUUUCACGUUCAUCACUGCUCAUGGAAUUGAUCAAUAAAGGUGUAAUGGCAUGCGUCUCUCAAGAAGUAAAGGACCUCUACAAUAUGUUAGAACAUGAAUUCUUUCCUCUAGAUCUUGCUUCACGCGUCCAGUCAUUGCUUGGUAAGAUUUCAAAACUUGGUGGUAAGCUAUCAUCAGCUUCUUCGGUACCAGAAGUGCAACUAUCAAAAUAUGUUCCUGCUCUUGAGAAGCUUGCCUCCUUAAGAGUGCUUCAGCAGGCUUCUCUGGUGUAUCAGUCUAUAAAAAUAGAGACUUUGUCAAAGAUGGUUCCUUUCUUUGACUUUUCACUUGUUGAGAAGAUAUCAGUUGAUGCAGUCAAAUAUAAUUUUCUUUCCAUGAAAGUCGAUCACCUGAAGGGUGUUGUUUUAUUUGGUAAUGUGGACAUUGAAUCAGACAAGCUGUCUGAUCAUCUUGCUGUUCUAGCUGAUUCUCUUAGUAAAGCAAAGAAACUGAUUUAUCCCCCUGUGAGAAAACAAUCCAAACUGGCAGAGAACUUAAAUGGUCUAAUAGAAACAGUCAGUAAGGAACAUAGGAGGCUCCUUGCCAGAAAAUCCAUCAUCGAGAAACGAAAAGAAGAACAUGAACGUCAGAUGUUGGAAAUGGAACGAGAAGAAGAAUCUAAAAGACUAAAACUUCAAAAGAUUACUGAAGAGGCUGAACAGAAGCGACUUGCUGAAGAAUAUAUUCGAAGAGAGGAACAGCGGAUUCGCCGUGAAAUAGAGGAGAGAGAACUCCAGGAAGCUCAAGCAUUACUUCUUGAAGCACAAAAAGGUGCAAAAAAGAAGGGAAAGAAGCCUCUUCUUGAGGGGGAGAAGGUCACAAAGCAGACAUUAAUUGAGCUGGCCUUGAGUGAGCAAUUGAAGGAAAGACAAGAAAUGGAAAAGAAACUGCAGAAACUUGCCAAAACAAUGGAUUACAUGGAACGAGCAAAGAGGGAGGAAGAGGCCUCUUUGAUUGAGCAAGCCUUCCAACAGCGUUUGGUCCAAGAGAAAAUUAUUCACGAACGCGAACAGCUGAAAGAGAUAGAGCUGAGCAGGCAGCACCAUGCUGGUGACCUUCAAGAGAAGAAUAGACUGGCCAGAUUGUUGGAUAACAAGGUUAUAUUUCAACAAAAAAUAGUUGACCAUCGCGAAUUGGAAUAUAAUAGACUGAAGAAAGAGAAAGAGGAUAAAAUUAACCAGAUUGUAGCGGCAAGGAAACAUGAAAGGGAGAUGAAGAGGAAGAUGCUCUUUUAUCUGAAGUCUGAGGAAGAGCGUCUGACCAGACUACGAGAAGAGGAGGAAGCUAGAAAACGUGAAGAGGAGGAAAGAAGAAAGAAAGAAGAGGUAGAACGGAGAGCCAAGCUGGAUGCAAUUGCAGAAAGGCAGAGGCAGAGAGAGAGAGAGGCUGAAGAGAAGGAAAGGCUGCGAAGAGAAGCACUUCUUAGAAGGCCCACUGAACCACUACAUCGGCCAGCCGACCCAGUUUCAGUUCCUCACCCCUCUGAGCCUGUCCCUGCUGCUGCUGCUGCUGCCGCUGCUGCCACACCUGCACCAGGACCUGGUAAGUAUGUUCCGAAGUUCCUCCGUGAGAGAAACGAGGGACCAAAGGCCACCCCCCCUGAGCCUGAUCGCUGGGGAAGGCAGGACAACCGCCCUACUCCAUCCGGUGAUAUAUGGCGGAGUGAAGAGCGUCGAUCAUCAUUCGGUGGUGCAAGAACAUCAUCAUCCUCAUCUUCCUGGUCCUCAUCACGGCCACGAGGUGCACCGUAGGCUCUUCAUUGGUAGAGCAGUGGGCUAUGCUUUUUCGAUUGUGGCAUUUUGAUGUAUUAUGUCAAGUGUCAUUUCGUUGCCUUUUGUCUUGGAGACAAAUAAUGUUUUAGGUGACAUGUUGGUACUUUUAGAUGUACUCAAUCGAGUGUGAGACUGCUGUUCUUGCCUUUCUCAAUCUUUUUUUAUAUUGUUAUAGAUGUUUUUGUACUCUCCUUAAAUUGAACAUUUUUCUAUUCCUUUA